GACCCGCGUCCUUUCGUCUUCCCAGGCGUAAUGAUGGCGCCGCCUGACGCGGCGCGCCCUGGUGAAGCCACGUCGCCUCCUUCUCCUUCCUCCUCGCCUAUAUAAAGGCUUCCAACCCCAUUGCCUUCCUCACUUCUUCCUCGCGCGUCUCCCGAGUUUCACCGGUCAAUCUCCUCUCUCCUGCCUUCCAGCCCUCCGAGCCAAGUAAGCUCUCUUCUCUUUUCCUCAGCUUUCCGUUUGUUCUCCAUUCUUCCUUCCGGUAAAUGUCUUCCACCGACAGUCAGGAUAUAUCCGCCUCGGAUGCCUACGCAUUCGAGGAAUCCCCAUCUUCUUCCUCCUCCACCGGGUCAUCUUCACCCGAUUUUGUACACCGGUCGGUUCCCAACACCACCGCCCCUGAACCGCAACCGGUUAACCAAAUGCCCGGUCAGGUUUUUCAGGAGAGGGAUGAACCGGUUGACGAUGAGCCGACCCCCUAUGACCCUGACAAUGAGUCAUAUGAGGGAUGGGUGAACUGGCUGGAAGCGGCCGGUUACCUUCCCCUCCCCACUAGCUACCCUCUUGACAUCUAUCCCCGGGUCUCUAAGAUUGCUCAAAAUAAAGCCCGUAGGAAUCUCACGGAGGGGUAUGUUCUUGAGUACGACCCCAGUUGGCCCAACAUUAUCGAGCCUCACCGGGAUGAUAGGGUAGGUUUCCAUAUCAUUUCUUUGGAAACUGGCACCGUCUUCCCCCUGCGUCCCCUUUUGGUUGACUUAUGCCACUGCUUUAAAAUUCUUCCCGGGCAAAUUACGCCCAAUGCUCAUCGCUUCCUUAACGCCUUUGUGAACAUCUGCGUUGAGCUUAAGAUCGAACCCUCCCUCCGUCUGUUUCUCUUUUUGUUUGAAGUCCUUCCCGGUAAAUCGGGUUGUGACGGUUACGUUUACUUCAAAGGCCGUAACGGUCGUCAAUGUAUCUUUGACCUUCCACAAAGCAACCGACAGUGGAAGGAAAAAUUCGUUUUUAUAAAAUUCCCCACCGUUUCUCCUUUGGCCGGCAUAAAGUGGAACGAUCACCUCCUGAAACCGCAAUAUACUGAGCCGGCUAGCGCUCCAGACUUGGAAGAAAGUUUGGAGAAACUUCUACAAGGGGACCCGUUCACCAGGCAAAUGUUCCAUUACGGGGCUUGGAUUUGGAGGAUCUCACCGGGUGGCACGGGUACCCCCAAGGCUGAUGAAGCAGUGGGGCACGGGGUACCCGCCCCGGGCAACACUGCGGAGGCUGGGGGUUCCAGUCACCCAGAGAUGAACUUCAGAGCAUUUAACAUCCCGAAGAAGACCGGUGGUUCUUCCUCUGCCGCCCCCAAAACUGUACCGGUCCAACAGGAACCGGUGGAGAUCCAUUCUGACGAGGGGUCUCCUCCGACCAGGAAGACCGGUCAGACCGGGAGGACCACGGCAAACCCUCCCCUGGACAAGGGGAAGGGAAAAGUUCGGACCAAGCAUGCCGCCACUACCCAUCCGUCUGCGAAGAGGAGAAGGGGAGAAAACGCCCCGGCUUUAGAGUCGAUAGAGGAGCUUUGGGUCAAGAUGGGAAGAAAGCUGAAAGAGGAAAAAUUGAAGAGGCUUGAAGCUCAGAACCGGGAGCUUCAAGACUUGACAACCCGGCAACUUGACGAGAUGGCCAACCUCUCGGCGGUUGCCGGUAGGGUGAACGCUGAGGUCCUCCAGCUGAAAGAGGAGAACACGCUGCUGAUGGGGGAGGUCUCCCACCUAAAGGAGGAGGCAUGGGUGAAGGAGCAAGAGCUGCCCGGUCGGGCCAGACAGUGGAUGGAGGAGAACCUGGCAGAGGCCGCCCAGGGCAAAAUUGGAAAGUCAACUACACUUUAACACUUCCUUAUUUUCCCCUAAAGUCAAAAGAGGAACUCUUUUGAGAAACGGAUGUAGUUGUUGGGCGGUGCUCCUUGGACCACACGGCAAGAAGGAGAGCAAAUCCCAUUCUAAGUGGGAUUGCUCUUGAUUUGUUUCCUUGUUCAUAUUUAGUGAUUUGUUUCCUUGUAGGAAUAGAAUUCCUUUUGUGUUUUGGUCUUUAUCCUCUCCUAUAAAUAAAGGAGAAACUCCUUG